CUCUUCUCUUUGUAGUGGUGGACAACAGCUAUUUUUGUUCACUGUCAGGCUGUCAGCCGAAGAGCUACCUGCUGCCAGAGGCCUCCUCACUGGUGUUAUUGGUUACUCUACACGCGCUAUAAAGAUCUAGAGCCUGGUUUGGUUUGAGUAAGAUGGUCGUUUUGACAAGUAACAAUGAAGAACAACAGGAGUAUAUCCUGAUAGAGGAGCGUAAAUGCACCUCCCUGCCCAACUCUCCAGCCAGGAGAGUUUCUCCCACCAAAAAGAAGCAGUUCUUUAUCAAUCAAGCCAUCCGUAACUCUGACCUCACUCCCCGAGCCAAAGGCAAGAAGAGCCUGCGCCGACAGGAGAACACACGCUUUCUUGCUAAUCUUCUUGAGAGGGAUGAGUGCUCCAAAGAUGAUCUGGAAGUUUGCAGUAACCCAGCGAUCCCAUCCAUCUUCACAGAAGCCUGCACCAAUGGAAACUACAUAGAGCCAUGGAAUGACUUCAUGAAUUGCUCCGGUGAGGAGCAGGAUAGGCUGCUGUCACUGCUGGAGCAGGAGGAUGCCAAGAAGAAAAACAAAGACGAGAGGAAUGUAAAUCUUGCCUUCAUUGCUCAGGACUGCUUCCAGAGAAUCGAUCGCAGGCUGCGAGCGACUCUUAAACGGAAACAAAUCCCCAUGGGAAUUCUGGAAGUACUCGAGGAAAACCUUGUGAGCUUCUUCAACACUCAACCUCACUCAGUUUACACAACCAACCUCGGCAGCAGCUUUGAGAGACUGCUGCUUCAUGCCGUCUGCCAGUAUAUGGACCUCGUCUCUGCAAGCACCGACUACAACGGGUCACGUCAGACUGAAGUGGUGAACAAACAAGAGGAGUUUCUGCCUCCUAGACCUCUGCUGUCCGUCUACUUGGAGCAGAUGAGCUGAGGUCAGGACCACGACAUGUUUUCCGUUUCCUUGGCACAGCCCUGCUGCAGGCGGGGGCUCUGAGUGGUGUAGAUAAGGCUGUGUAAGUGUUCUGUGUAAUGUAUGCCAAGCUCAGAAAACAGAGCUGCUUACUUUUUCUCUCUUUGGUCUCUAGAAAAUUCUCCAUUUAUUGUAUCUUUUAACGCAUCAGAGUUCAUUGACCCCCCUGUAUGUUAACGGGUACACGUUGCAAAUGUUACAUGUUAAACAUUAGCAUGUAAGAAUGCUAACUGUGGGCCUUCAGCUCAAAGCACAGCUAAAUCAGAGUAAAUAGUUGACAAAUCACAACUUGCCUUGAGAAUAACUCUUUUGACCAGGCCAACUUUCACCUUCUGCCCCUCUGGUAAAGAGAAGAAUCUAGCAAUAGCAAAUGUUUUUUUAAUCUAUCUAACAGUUUUGUUUCUGGUGUAUAAUAAGUAAAGUACAGAAUCAUAGAGCUGCAUGGCUCUAAUGAACUACUGUUUCCAAACUGCAUUGGGAAUUAAAGGAAGUCCUUUUCCCAAGUUUUAAAUAUACUUGUUCAUACACUGAACAAAAUUAUAAAUGCAACCCUUUUUUUGUAAGUUGAACUCAAAGAUCUAAGACUUCUUUUAUGUAUACAAAAGGCUUGUUUCUCUAAAAUCUUGUUCACAAAUCUGUCUUAAUGUGUGUUAAUGAGCACUUCUCCUUUGCUGAGAUAACCCAUCUACCUCAGAGGUAGAAUAUCAAGAUGCUGAUUAGAGAGUAUGAUUAUUGCACAGGUGUGCCUUAGGCUGGUCACAAUAAAAGGCCACUCUAAAAUGUACAAUUUUACUGUAUUGGGGGUGGGGGUGGGGUCUUAUAAAAAGUCUGAGAUCUUGAAGUUCAGCUCGUGGAAAAUGGAAGCAAAAACUAAAGUGUUGCAUUUAUAAUUUUGGUAAGUGUUUAUAAAUAUUCUGGGCAUUAUUGAUUCUUAAUUUUAAGAAUGUAAUCUCACAACCUGAUUUGUGAUUGGAAUUCAAAAUAACAAAUACAUGACACUAGGAAAUUACAUUUCAUACAACUACAAAACAACUGUCAUUUGCAUUACAAUUGCAGUAUGUUAAUUUAUUUUUUAAUUAAUGUAUGCGUCAAAUUAAAGUAGGUUAAUGAAUCGUUAGUCUAUUCUGUCCCUUUUAUCAAUAACUUAUUAAAUUUAAGGCAAGAUGAAAUAUGACUUUUCACAGGUGAUGAUGUCACUAUCUGAUGUAAUUGUUAGUUUUAUUCUUCUUGAACACUGCUUCAUUAUGAUCUGACUCACAACCACAUGUCUUUGGAGUGUAUCGAUUGUAACGGCAACCUUCCCAUCCCCCUACCAUUUGAUGAGAACUAGAUAACGAACCCGUAUUAGCAAUAAAUCACAAAUUCAUAACGGUAAAUUAUUACAUUAACCUAUAAAUGGAAAAUUUACUUGAAACCUGUUUGGAUAAACUCUUGGAUGUGCAGCUCUGUUUGCAUAUCUGUGAGAACUCUGUGUUGCUAACGAGGAAGGACAUUUUGUAAAGGUGCUAAGACGGAGGAAUGCAUCAGGAAAUACAUCACUGCCUGAAGGGUUAGCCUGUAUGAUUUGUGUAAGGUGGUGAGGUGUGAAGCAUGAAUAUUAAUCUCUCUACAUUAUAUGCACAGACACAUCACUCAUAAUAGGUAAAGAAGGAAAUGGCUUUCAAGGGUUUGAAAUAACAGCUUCUGGUAUACUUUGGAAGUAAUUCUUUAAUAAUUAUCUGUGCGUUACGCGUGAGAAGAAAACUCCCUCUUAAGGUACGAUCUUUGGGAUUGUUUCUGUGGAUCUUUCUCUGCUGGCUUUGUCCAGUCGUAUCACCUUGUCUACACAACAUCUGAAGGAUACACUUAAAUUUUAAACAACCAAGCUAAGUAACAGAUUUAUGAUGUGCUGCUUUCACUGCACACUGGUGUAGACAAGUGAAAGUUUUCUUUCUACCAUUGGUCAAUAAUCAGAGACAAGAUAAAGAACUACAAUCUAGUUUAAAACUUGCUAAUAUCCCUGUACUUUGAGAUGCAUUCAUGGAUUUCUUGCUAUAGUGCUCACUCAGUUUACACUUAACACACACUUUCAAAGUUUAAAGUCUCUUUAAUUCUUUCUUUUUUACACACUAUGGUUUGUAAGGUAUACUGUAUGUGCAGUAAUGUGUUACAUUGGCAAAAGGAUAACCACAUUUAAGGUGUUUUGAUGAUAAAAUACUGCUGUGUUGACUCCGUUAUGUUUCAUCUAAAUAUUAAUAAGCCUGGAAAAGCACGUCUGCCUUAUGAAUACAAGUUUCUCUGUUUGUUUUUUCGACAUUUGUACUUGACUGGACUUUGGCAACAAAACAAAAAAUCGUAUCCACGAUUUUCUUUUAAUACUGUCGUCAGCAGUGUAAAACUUGACCUGGUGCAACAACCAAAGUUUGUGUUUUGUUUGCGUGGAAAUCGCGUUUCUCAGGCUUCCAAGUUCUCUGAAUGUUACAUAGUUUAUCUCACAUGGUGUCCUUUUCUGUGUACUGUAUACUUUCUUCUAGAUGAACUUGUUUUGAUCAUGUUCAGCCAAGCAUCGUGGGGCGCUGCCAACUUUUUAACUACGUGUAGAAGUAGUUCCUGUUAAAAAAUAAAUAAAAAAUGAACCAGAGGGUUGCCUUGUGCCAACAUUUGGUUUGAAAAAGCCUAAAAUAGCCUGAAAGCUUUAUACACUAGAAUACAAAAACAUCUGUGUGUUUAAUAUGUGUGUGCUACAGUACCUAUUUAUAAUUAUCACUGCAUCUAUUAAAAGAUUUAAGAUA